AUGGAAUAUAAUAGAUUGGGAAACACAGGCUUAUUGAUUUCAAAGAUAUCUUUUGGAAAUAUGGUGAAUUUUGCCCCUGAGGACGAAGAAGUCAAUACAGAGAUUAUCAAAACUUGCUAUGAAGCUGGUGUUAAUUUUUUUGAUACUGCAGAAUUAUAUGAAAAUGGAAAGGCAGAAGAAUAACUUGGUAGAUCUAUAAAAAAACUUAACAUUCCAAGAGAAAGGAUAAUUGUAUCCGUUAAGAUCCUUGCUAAUCUUGAAUAAGGUGGAAAUCCAAUUAAUCGUUCUUUUACAUUAAAUCGUAAACACGUAAUAGAAGGAGUCAACGCAUCUCUUAAAAGACUUCAAUUAGACUAUGCUGACAUUGCCUAUGCUCAUUUUCUAGAUUAAGAUAUCUAGGUGGAUGAGAUUUGUCGAGGAUUUAAUUAAGUCAUUGAGGAUGGUAAAGCCUUCUAUUGGGGAACUUCUAAUUGGAAGCCAUCAAAGGUUUAAGAGGCUUUUAACUAUUGCGAUAAACAUGGCCUCAUCAGACCCGUGGUUGAACAAUGCAUAUAUAACAUGGUGAUUAGAAACUUAGUGGAGAAGGAUUAUGCUGAUGUUUUUUCAUAAGGAUAUGGAUCAACUAUCUACAGUCCAUUGUAAGGAGGGUUGUUGACUGGUAAAUACAACAACAAUCAAAUACCAGAAGACAGCAGAGCUGGUAAAGAUAACGGGUGGUUAACUAAAGACAGUGCUCAUGCAGUAUUUUUUGCAAAGUUUUUGGGAAAUGAAGAUGCUAUUACAAAACUCAAAAAGUUAGGAGACUUAGCUUAGUCUCUUGGUUACACUCAAACAUAGCUGUCAAUAGCUUGGGUUUUAUAUAACAAAGAUGUGUCUACAGCUAUAAUCGGUGCCAAGAAUGUUUAAUAGGUGAAAGAUUCUUUGAAAGCCCUUGAAUUAUAUAAGAAAUGGGAUAAGGAAUUAGAAUAAAAAGUUGAGGCUAUCUUAUAAAACAAACCGUAAUAAGAUUAUAAUUGGUAAACUGGAAAACCUUUCCCUGAUAGGAGAUGAGUUAUAUAUAUUAAAAAUAUUUAUAUAUCAUAUCCUU